ACAGUGUGCAGCAGCUGCUAAAAAAGCCAACACAGUUCUGGGCUGCAUAAACAGAGGGAUAGAAUCAAGAGUACGUGAAGUGUUAGUGCCACUUUAUAAUGCCUUGGUAAGGCCACACUUGGAAUACUGCAUUCAGUUUUGAUCACUGUGAUGUAAAAAAGAUGCUGAGACUCUAGAAAGAGUGCAGAGAAGAGCAACAAAGAUGAUUAGGGGACCGGAGGCUAAAACAUAUGAAGAAUGAUUGCAGGAACUUGGUAUGUCUAGUUUAAUAAAAAGAAGGACUAGGGGAGACAUGAUAGCAGUGUUCCAAUAUCUCAGGGGUUGUCACAAAGAAGAGGGAGUCAAACUAUUCUCCAAAGCACCUGAGGGUAGAACAAGAAGCAAUGGGUGGAAACUGAUCAAGGAAAGAAGCAACUUAGAACUAAGGAGAAAUUUCCUGACAGUUAGAAUAAUUAAUAAGUGGAACGACUUGCCUGCAGAAGUUGUGAAUGCUCCAACUCUGGAAAUUUUUAAGAAAAUGUUGGAUAACCAUCUGACUGAGAUGGUGUAGGGUUUCCUGCCUGGGCAGGGGGUUGGACUAGAAGGCCUCCAAGGUCCCUUCCAACUCUGUUGUUAUAUUAUAUUAUAUCUUCCUUCAGAAAAAAAUGAAUUUAUUAGUGGCCUUAUUAGAUACAAAGCAUAUUUCUGAACAAAAUACAGAGAGCUUUUUAUUUUUGUUAAUUGGAUUGAAACAUAUUACUCUAAUCCUUCAACCAAGACUUGCCAAUUAAAAUGUCUCAUGAAACUUAUGAAGGAAAUCCUUAAUCUCCUCUUAUUAUAAGGGUUCCUCCAGGAUAAAAAGCUUGAGAAAGGUUCCUGUAGAUCAGUGUUUUUCAACCUUGGCAAUUUUAAAAUGUGUGGAUUUUUAACUCCCAGAAUUCCUCAACCAGCUUGAUCAAUCAAGUUUUUUAAAUAGGGUAGAAUUUAGAUGAUUGCAAGAGGAAUUUGGAUGUGAAAUGACAGAAUAGUCAACUGAAACUUAUUUUCAUUUUACAAUUAGGUCCAAUUAGGUAUAAGCAGCAUCUAAAAUUCCUAAAUAACUCUCAGAACUGAUAUGUUCCUUUCAUGGGUGUUCCUCAUGGGUGUAAAUCCAAGAGCUGAUUUCCUUGUUCCUUGUUUUAUGUAUAAUUAGAAUGGGAGGGGAGGAUAAAAGUGUAGGCGAGAAGGUUAGCAUAUAAAAGUAUUCUGCAGUGCAUCCUCUCAACUUGUGAAUCACAGUGUUUUGAGCACUUUACGUAGCAUCAUCAAAUCUUCUUCCAAGCAUUGCCACUGACAGUCUCCAAGACAACAAGAUGAAUGUCUUCUGUCCACCGACUCGUCCUACUAUUGCAAUGUCUUGUCUGCUGUGCCCGUCUCUCUUGUGCUGCCUCCUCCUCCUCCUUCCCUUUCCAUUAGCCUCCAGUUCUGCUUCUAAUGAGGACACAGUGGUCAUAACCAGAAGUGGCCCUAUUAAGGGCAAGCAGUUCCUGGCUGGCCUUGGAUCUGUGACAGCCUAUCUAGGCAUUCCUUAUGCUGAGCCUCCCCUGGGGAAGUUGCGUUUCCAGAAACCUCUUCCACAUCAGCCAUGGAGUCAAACAUUGGAAGCCACCAGUUUUGGCAAUUCCUGUCCUCAAUUUAUUUUCCGGGAUGUCCCCGAAGCAGAUAUAUGGUCUCCUAAAACACCACUGUCAGAAGAUUGCCUUUCCCUCAACAUCUGGGUGCCACACCCACAACCUUCUUCACCAGUCCCUGUUUUGGUCUGGAUACACGGAGGGGGAUAUUUAAUGGGCACGUCUUCUGUGGAUGCAUUAAAUGGGGCAUCCUUGGCUGCCACUGAGAACGUCAUUGUGGUCACCAUCAAUUAUCGCUUGGGAUCCAUGGGCUUUCUGUACUUGCCACCAGCUGCUCCAGGGAACCUAGGCUUAUGGGACCAACAGCUGGCCCUGAAGUGGAUAAAAGAGAAUGCAGCUGCCUUUGGGGGAGAUCCUUCUCGGGUGACCAUUUUUGGCCACAGUGCUGGAGGAGCUUGUGUGAAUUUCCAUCUUCUUGCACCAAAAAGCCAGGAUCUUUUUGCCCAAGCAGUGAUCCAGAGCGGAACAGCCAAUGCCUUCUGGGCUUGGAGGUCUCCUGAGGAAGUCAAACAAAAAGCACUGGAAUUUGUUCAUCUGCUAGGCUGCUCCGAGGACAACAAUACCAGCAUAGUGCAUUGUCUGCAAACAAAAAAUGUUUCUGAACUUAUUCGGCAUGAAAUAGCUCUGUUCUUAAAAGGUGGCUUCCUUGUGAAUUUUCCCUUCAGGCCAACCACAGAUGGGGAGUUUUUGCUUGGUGAACCAGAAAAGCUCAUGGAGGAAGGGCAAAUUCAGGUCAAACCUCUCCUCAUAGGUGAAACCUCUGAUGAAGCAGCCUCGUUUGUCCACUUUGUUUUUCCUAACAUCACCCACAAUCUCAUCAAUCAGGAGCAGCUUCUGAAAGGGAUACAGCUGUUGGUGCCAAAUGCAACUGAAGAUUUUAUUCAGACUAUUGCACUCAAAUACAGUGAAGGAAAUCACGGCCCAGCGAAAUACCGCUCCGCUCUGUCCCACUUCUAUACAGAUCAGAUGUUUGCAUGCCCAAUGAGGGAGGCUGCAGGAAAUAUCAGGAAAACUGGGAGUCCUGUAUAUGCCUAUUUAUUCGCACAUCGCCCUUCAUGGUCAGUUUGGCCUGAAUGGAUUGGGGCAUCUCACAGUGCUGAGAUUCCUUUUGUUUUUGGAACCCUUAAAUCAGCACUGCCUUUCAAUCAAACAUACACAGAGGCUGAAUCCAGGCUGAGCCAUAAGAUGAUGCAUUACUGGGCAGAAUUUGCCAGAACUGGGAAUCCCACUGGGUCAGCAGCCAGCAAGGAUGAGUGGCCACUCUAUAAUGCCAUAGAGAAGAAUCUCUUCCUUCUUAAUACGGAGCCAUUCCAGGAAAGGGUGAUAGAACACUGUGAUUUUUUAAAGAGGCUUUUUUCAAAGGCUGAAGAGACACAGGUGUCCCAAUGUGAUUUUCUUUCAUCAGACUAAGAAGAAGACAGAAGGAAUCAAUCAAGACUUCUCUUUAAAGCCUGGGGAAAUGAUAACAAGCUGCACCAGAGAACCUUCCAGAAGGAUCGAUUGUCCUUUCAGGGACUGACUGGGAGACAAAUAAGGAGACAACUAAAACCCACAUCACUUUUGUUGUUAAAAUAAUAAAUUGCUAGUAGUAAUUUGUUAUA